UCUGGUGACGUCACCCAGGAAAGUACACAGCAGUCUGCCUCAGUCACGGUGCCGCUGCUGCAUCCACCGAAAACAACCGAAAACAACCGGACAGGCGCGCAGUUACAUCGAAAAACGGCCCAUGACACUGUCAUAGAAACACGAAAGCUGCAGGACCUGCUUGAGUGACACGAUGGAGAAACCUCCUUUCAAGCAGAACCAGAGCUGCGGGGACUGGCACCUGAAAAAGAGUCUGGGAAUGGGCGGCUUCGCCCACGUUUACCUGUACCAGCAUCAUGAAACAGAUGAAAAACUAGCUGUGAAAAUGUGCCGUCUGGAGCUCACACCAAGAAACAAGGACAGAUGGAGCCGAGAAAUCCAGAUCAUGAAAAAGUUGAAUCACAUCAACGUGGUGACAGCCCGAGACGUCCCGGAGGAAAUGAGUCCCAUAGCCUUAAACGAUCUUCCACUGCUGGCCAUGGAGUACUGCUCCCGGGGAGACCUGAGGAAGAUGCUGAGCAAACCUGAAAACUGCUGCGGGUUGAAAGAGAGUGAAGUUCUCUCAUUACUCAACGAUGUUGGAUCUGGUAUCCAGUAUCUGCACGAGAACAAGAUCAUCCACAGAGACCUUAAACCUGAAAACAUUGUGCUGCAAGACAUCAAUGGAAAGCUGGUUCACAAAAUAAUAGACCUGGGCUAUGCUAAAGACCUGGACCAGGGCAGUCUGUGCACCUCCUUUGUUGGAACUCUUCAGUAUCUGGCCCCUGAGCUGUUUGAGAACCAGCCCUACACCGUCACUGUGGACUACUGGAGCUUUGGCACGAUGGUGUUUGAAUGCAGCUGUGGUUUCCGUCCGUUCCUGCACAACCUGCAGCCCGUGCAGUGGGCCAGCAAGGUGAGGAACAAAGGUCCUAAAGACAUCAUGGCUGUGGAGGAGCAGAACGGCGAGGUCCGGUUCUCCACCCAGCUCCCUUACCCCAACAAUCUCAGCAGGACGCUGCUGGAGCCGAUGGUGGCUCUGCUGCAGCUGAUGUUGAAGUGGGAUCCGUUCCAGAGGGGAGGCAAAGUCAACCCAGACACCAAGAGGCCGCGCUGCUUCGAGGUGCUGGAGCAGAUCCUCAGCAUGAAGGUCGUCCACAUCCUGAACAUGACCACGGCUCAGGUCCACUCCUUCCAGCUCACUCCGGAGGAAAGUCUCCACAGUCUGCAGAAACGCAUCGAGGGCGAGACCAAGAUUGAAGUGGUGAACCAGGAGCUGCUGCAGGAGACGGGCGUGUCCCUGGACCCCCGGAAGCCUGCAGCCCAGUGUGUCCUGGAUGGAGUGAGAGGCUGGGACAGCUACAUCGUCUACCUGUUUGACAAGAGCAUCACCAAGUACUCUGGUCCCCUCAGUGCCAGACAGCUGCCCGAUAAAGUCAACACUAUAGUGCAGGAAGCAAAGACCCAGCUGCCUCUGGUGGUGCUGAAGAAGGUUUGGGGUGAAGCGGUGAGCUACAUCUGUGGGCUGAAGGACGACUACAGCCGGCUGUUCCAGGGUCAGAGAGCCGCCAUGUUGAGUCUCCUGCGCUACAACACCAACCUGACCAGGUGUAAAAACAGCAUGUUCGGCUUCUCUCAGCAGCUGAAGGCCAAGCUGGACUUCUUCAAGAGCAGCAUCCAGUACGACCUGGAGAAGUACAGCGACCAGAUGCACUACGGCAUAUCCUCUGAAAAGAUGCUGAAAGCCUGGCAGGAAAACGAGGAGCGAGCUGCUGCGUUUGCUCAGGUGGCGGAGGUGAGCCACCUGGACGAUGAGAUCAUGGCUCUGCACUCCGAGAUUGUGGAGCUGCAGAGGAGUCCGUAUGCCCGACGCCAGGGAGACAAGAUGGAGCAACUAGAGGAAAAGGCGAUUGAGCUCUACAAGCAGCUGAAGAUGAAAUGCAAAACUCCUGAGCCUGAUGUGAGCAGCGACAGCUCUGAGAUGGUGAAAGCAAUCAUCCAGACUGUGCAGAACCAAGACAAAGUCCUCAAAGACCUGUACACCCACCUCAGUAAGAUCCUCAUCAGCAAACAGAAGAUUAUCGACCUGUUUCCACGGAUUGAGAAAACUCUGGAGAGCAUCAAGGACGCAGACAACACGGUGAUGCAGAUGCAGAUCAAACGGCAGAGAGAGUUCUGGCACUUACUGAAGAUUGCCUGCGCUCAGAACUCGUCACGAAACUCGAUAGCAGCGAGUCCCGAGUCGUCCAACCUGCUGCAGGUUUCUCAGUGGUCCCAGUCGGCUCAGCCUGUCAGCUCCCCUCACCCCCUCACCUCCCUGCCAGGGCCCAACGACAGUGAUGCUGCGCCGCGGCUGCUGCAGGAAAACCAGAAGUACCUCAGUCAGCUGACCAGCCUGAUGCAGGAGGCUGCUGACGAGCAGAGCAAGAGCAUCGUGGACCAGGACUGGAGCUGGACCAAAUAUGAAACUUUAAACACAAAAUUAAAAAAGAGAAAUGCAUAAAGCUGCGUCCCUUCACCGCCUGAGCUCUUUAACACUAAAGACUGAGAGCUGCUAACGUGUUUUACCUUCGUCCAGCGGGACACGGACUCAGAUCGUCUCUGUACAGACUCGGCGGCGGCCGCAGUCGCUGCUGUCGUCUCUCGUGGUGGAAAGUUUGAUGAAUAUUCUUGUUUUUAUAUGAGGAAACAACGAAGCUGUGUCACUCUACUUACUUUCCUUUUCCUGCAAAGUACACAUCAUAAUCAUUUUUACUGCAAAAAUUAAGCAAACUGUAGCACCAGAUCUGAGGGCUGGAGGUGGAUUCGUGUUGGACAGAAACAUGGGAGCAAGUUCAGCCGUGUGACAUCAGAGGGGAACAGGAAGUGGUGGCGGUGGCAGCGGCGGGGUGGAGGGUUGGAGGGUCGGAGAGGAAAUCACAAUCAAGCAAACAGCACUUUGAUCCCACGUGUCUCUGCAGAGAGGACACGUCUCCACAGCCACUGGUAAUGUGUAUAUCACAGUCUGGGGUUCAGAGUCUAUUAAAUGUUAUUUUGAGUUAAUUUUUUAAGAAUAAAGUGUUAUUAUAUAUCAUAGGCAGAGGUCUUUGUCCCGAUGUGUGUGUGACAGACGUGGCUGGCCAUCAUGUUUCUAUACUGUCGAUACUUAUAUCUGUUUUUAUCUGUCCGCCAAAUACAGAAGGGUUUGUUUGUUUAAUCUCACUGGACGGGUCAUACUGCGAUCAUGUCAGACAGAGCACAAACGAUCACAUAAUACCUACAAAUAUAGUGCAGAAAUAGAACAUAUAUAUAUGCAGAGAACAACCUUCAACAAAAUCGACCGAAAAAAAUGUGCAUGAAUGAAGAUAUAUACAGUCAUGGAAAAAAUUAUUAGACCACCCUUUUUCUUCAAUUUCUUGUUCCUUUUUAUGCCUGGUACAACUAAAGGUACAUUUGUUUGGACAAAUAUAAUGAAAACAACAAAAAUAGAUAAGAGUUUAGUUUAAGAGCUGAUAUCUAGACAUUUUCCAUGGUUUUCUUGAUAAUAACCAACAUCAUUAACAUGACUGUAUAUACACUGUGGAUGAAGACAGCAGAUAAAUGUAUUUUAGACACCUUAAAAAUCUAUAUUAGUUUAGGCUAGAUGGCUAUAUUUUGAUUAUUUUCACUGCUUUACCUUCCUGUUAGACGUCCUAUUAAAGCCACCAGAGUCCAUUGGAAAAAACACUAAUACCUCACAGAACAAAGGAGUUGCUGCUCUCCAGCUGCCUCGAUCUGUUAGUUUGUUUGUGUUAUUGUGUGACUUUGGUAAAUCAGAACUAGACAUUUAAAACAACAAAGUCGUACAACAACAGAAACAAACUAACAGUUUGAGGCAGCAGUAGAACUGCAACUCUUGUGUUCUGUGGGGUAAAAUUACUGUUUUUUCCAAUGGACUCUUCUGGUGGCUUUGAGGGAACAAAUAACGGUUUUAGUUCCCGGUCAGUAAGGGCUGUCUGACAGCAAAGUAAAGUGGUGAAACUUUACUAAAUAGGGUUUUUUUUUAAUGUCUCAAACACAUUUAGUUGCAGCAAGACUUUCUCUGAAAGAGUUUAUGGAGUUAAAGAUGAAGUGAAGCUAAUUCUGCUGUCAUGUUUUAUUAAACCAUUACAUUAGAAGAUGACCUGCUAACAGAAGCUCCAGUCAAAUCUAAAACGUGUUUAAAAAAACAUGACGUAAAACAUGACUUUUCUGCCUGUUUCAUGUGUUAAUGUGAGGAAGUUCGUCAGUUAAAGUCACAGUUAAUUAACAAAGUUUUUCUUCAUCACUCCGUCACACUUUGUUUUAUCAAAACAUAAAGCAGCAGGUUUUUUAUAGAUUUUUUCCAUACCAGAUGUUUUUGUGCACAAAUUGAAAUGUGUAUAAAACAUCUGGACAGAAACGCAAUUAAUGAAUCAGUUUGUGAAGUUAGUUAGUUGUGAAGUUAAGCAUAAAUACAGAAACACUGUGAGUAAUUGCUGCUUUUCUUCUUGUGUUUUAUGACAAUAAACUGAAAAUUUAGUGAAUUUGGACAAAUAAGCAUUUGUUAAGACAUUUUCUCGGCCUCGGGGGAAUUAUAAUAUUAAGCACAUUUCACUUUUUUCUGACAUCUGAGAAAAAAACAAAUCACUUAAUUAAGAAAAUGUUAAACAGAUUAAUCAGUUAUAGUCAAUCAACAACUAUUCAGUGGUGAUUUACUUUGUGAAUGAAAAUGUCAAAAAAUAGUUUAAAAAAGAACAAAUAACACUGUUGAUAGUUACCACAUAUUCAGAUCACUCCAAUUAUCCAGCCAACAGUCUGAAACCUAAAAGAUACAACUUGUAAUCAUAAAAAAAAUAAAGAACAGGGAAAUAAACACAUCUGAGAAGCUGUAACCAGAGAAUAUUUUGCUAUUAUACAGUUUUAUUAUUUUUUAUAAUAAAACGUAUUAUUUUUAAUAAUAAAACUGUAAAAAUGUAAAUUAUUUUCUGGUUCCACCUUCUAAAAUGUGAUUAUUUGCGUUUUUCUUUGUGUUAAAUAACUGUAAACUGUAAAUCUUCAGGUUUCUGACAUGAUCGCAGCGUCUCGGCUCCGUCAGCUGAUUGAUUAUUGAUUAUUGAUCGGCAGUGAAACGAGACGAUGUUAAAGGUUGAAUGUAUCAGCUGGAGAGAAGAAACCCUCUGAGUUGUAUUUAUGAAGUUGAAGUGCAAUGGAAAAAGAUAUUUUUUGUAUUUAAGUAACUCGGAUUUGUCGUUUUUUUUUUCUUUACAUUUAAGUAUUUUUGUUUCCAUCUGAUGGUUUAAAUUUUAGAAAUGUCUGUACAAAGAUCAAAUGUUGCCUGGUAAUAAAAUAAAAUGACUUUGGCAUGA